AUGCCGCUCAUCAACGGCCAGAAGAUGGCUUGCGAGCCAUGCAUCCGUGGUCAUCGCUCCACCAAAUGCACCCAUGCGAAUGAACGCUUGAUGGUCCCCGUUCGAAAGCCCGGCAGACCUUUGAGCACAUGUCCUCAUCCACCCUCUCGCGGUUGCGGCUGUGGUAGUGUAACGGCCGCCAUCCCGAGAAAGCAGAAAUGCGGCUGCGGUUCCAGCAACGCCGGAACCCCCGCAGAAUCACCCAGUGUCAUCAAGGCAGAAUCGCCGGCGAGCGAUGUCCCGCCAAUGUCUCCGACCAAGGCAUCCGCCGCCUCCUUUCGCAUACAAAAGUCUGCCCCGAAGGCGGCCAGUCGCAAGCAGUCGUUCGACCCCGUGAACCUCGAGAGGAUGGAUGCCACCAAUAUCAACAUACUGCCGCCAUACGACAUGGCCCAAGCGAAUCACAUGCCACAAGCCAACGGUGGCAUGCCGGGUAUGCCCGCACCUAGAAAUGGGAUGGAGUACGGCGGUAUGACCAUGAUGGGCGGCGUUAACGGCGGUUUCCACCAACCCAUCAUGUAUCCAAUGUUCCCACAGCAGAUGCCUGCGCCCCUGUUCCCCCCGGGAGCCGCGAUGUCGAUGCCUCAGCCAAAUGCCGUACCAUCAGCCAUCAACACGCCACAGACUGCGACAACGCCUACUCCGAUGGCAGCGGCGUCGAAUGGGGGAUCUUGUUGCUCAGGAAAGACAAAUGGGACGCCGAAGCCCGCCCCUCCGCCCUCGUUGACGAGCACCAGCACGGGUGGCUCAUGUUGCUCAGGGCCAAGCAAAGCCGAGGGGAGCUCUACACAGCCUUCUAGUGUCAGCUCGAGCCCCAAGACGCAAGCAAAGCCUAAGAAGGGUGGUUGUUGCUCUAGCAAGGCACCUGCGAUAGACACAAACGUACAUCACAUGUCGAAUGGCCAUAUGUCGCCGUCGAGCGCCAUAGCCAUGUCGCCUUUCCAGACACCUACCGCCAUGCCCCAAGGCAUGUUCAACUCAUACUUCCAACCAACAAUUUUCACAUAUCCGCCUCAAUACGGGUCUUGGAUGUCACCGCUACAGCCUGCACAGUGGAAGCAGCAGAUGGAGGCGCAGCAGUAUGGUCAACCAAUCCCGCCGCCGGCCGCAUACGGCAUGCCGAACUCGCUUUUUACCCCAGAUGGUACAACCCCAAUGAUGCCCGAAUCAACAUCACACAUGUGCAGCUGUGGCGACGGCUGCCAGUGUGUGGGCUGCGCAGCUCACCCUUACAACGAUGCGACACAAGACUACGUGCGAUCUGCAUACACAAGUAUGCUGGACGACUCUUAUGGAUUGACGAAUGGUACGAACGGCACGAACGGCACGAACGGGCACUCGGAGACGGCAUCGGCCAACGGGACUGGCGCCCGCGGAAUGGAUGCACACACGAAUGGCGAAAACAGCGGUUCUCCUGCUGGGCCGCAAACACCUUCCGAUGGAGCCUCAGUGUUGAGUGAAGAGCAGGCACUAUCGGCGAACGACUUCUUCUUCGUGACAUACCCGUUCAACGGUGACGGAUGCGCUGGCGAGACGUCGUCAUGUCCAUGCGGCGACGAUUGUCAGUGCCUCGGCUGCUCGAUACACAAUAACUCGCCCAUGCCCGAGUCAGGAUGA